AAAUUUGGGUGACUCUGCUUCAUCGUCAAUCCCACUAGCCAUGGCCUCCUCUCCGCGACUCUCUUCUUCCCUCCUCCUCAUCGCCGCCGUGGCUCUGCUCGUAUCUCCGGCGACUUGCCAAACCUGCGAGUCACAGACCUUCGCUCAACGCAAUACCAAGUUCUCCAACUGCACAGAUCUACCCUCUCUCAAGGCCCAACUCCACUGGACCUACGACCCAUCAGCCAGUCCCAAUCCCACUAUCAGUGUCGCUUUCAUUGCCCCUCCGGCGAGGCCAGAGGGAUGGGUGGCUUGGGCCCUUAACCCGACCGGCUCCGGCAUGCUCGGGGCCCAAGCUCUCAUCGCCUUCAAAGACACCAACGGAUCCGCCGUCGUCAAGACGUACAAUAUCUCCUCCUACAGCUCCAUCGCCGAGUCCACAAUCUCGUACGAGGUUCUGAGCAAGCGAGCGGAGUUCUCCGACGGAGUGAUGAGGAUAUUCGCCACGCUGGCGCUGCCGACGGGAGAUGAGAAGGUGAAUCAGGUAUGGCAGGUGGGGCCCUCGGUGAAGGAUGGGGUUCCGGUAAAGCAUGAUUUCUCUCCCGAGAAUUUGAACUCCAAGGGAACUCUGCAGUUGGUGAGUAAGGCGGCGGAGGAGGAUAAGAACGGCCCGGCGGCGGCGCCGACGAGCAGUAACGGCAGUGGGGCCCCCGCUGGGGCACAGAGCGGGAAUGAUUCUGGAGGUAGUUCGAGGAUUUGCGCGAGCGUCUUGGGGUUGUAUGGAGCUUUGGUGCUACUUGGGGUCUCACUCUUUUUGGGUUUUUAGAUGUUACUGUUUUGAUUUAUUUUAUUUCACACUUAUAUCAAAGUGGAAAUUAUUUGUUAUAUUUGGUAAUUUUUAAAUAAAUUUAGCAUAGA